GACGCUUGUGGGCCGCAUGGCAGGAGCUCCGGGCGGCGGCGAGCCGCUGCUGCAGCGACCGGACUCUGGCCAGGGCUCGCCCGAGCCGCCGGCCCACGGGAAGCUCCAGCAGGGUUUCCUCUCCAGCCUCUUCACCCGGGACCAGAGUUGUCCGCUCAUGCUCCAGAAGACGCUGGAGACGAAUCCGUAUGUCAGACUUCUACUUGAUGCUAUGAAACACUCAGGUUGUGCUGUGAAUAGGGGAAGACACUUUUCCUGUGAAGUCUGCGAUGGAAACGUCAGCGGAGGCUUUGAUGCGUCUACGUCUCAGAUUGUUUUGUGCGAGAAUAAUAUCCGGAAUCAGGCGCACAUGGGCAGGGUUGUCACCCACGAGCUCAUUCACGCGUUUGACCAUUGCCGGGCUCAUGUCCACUGGUUCACCAAUAUCAGACAUCUGGCAUGCUCGGAGAUUCGAGCCGCAAGCCUCAGUGGGGACUGCUCCCUUGUGAACGAACUCUUCAGGCUGCGUUUUGGAUUAAAGCAACACCAUCAGACUUGCGUGCGGGACAGAGCUGUUCUCUCUAUCCUGGCGGUCCGGGGCGUCAGCAGAGAGGAGGCCCAGAAGGCUGUGGACGAAGUCUUCCAGACCUGUUUCAAUGACCGGGAGCCCUUCGGCAGGAUCCCGCACAACCAGACGUAUGCCAGAUAUGCUCACAGGGACUUUCAGAACCGUGACCGCUACUACUCCAACAUAUGAGGACGGUGGCCGUCUGUCAGGACCAUGAGGAACAUGCGGUUCUUUGGCACAGAAUGUAUGAAAUGUAAAUGGUCAGUUAGGUUCAAGGCAUAAAUUGCAGAAUGUGCUGAUUUUAGCAUUUGACUACAAAAAAAAAAAGAAAAAGAAAAAAGAAAAAAAAAAAAAAGGACACAGCAGAAAGGAACUCCUUAAACUGCAGGGUAGAAAUGGGAUCUUUAUAGCGAAUCAUUUAGUGAAAAAGGUAAAUAAAUGACAUUUUUGUAUUUUC